AUGUGGAAGACUCGAUUUGAAGUGAACACAUCUAAUGAUAAUAAUUUAACUUAUCAUCGUAAUCUUUUGUCUUCAUCUACAAUAACAAAUCAUUAUUGUUCAUGGCCAUCAUCAACAAUAGCUCGUAUUCGAGAUGAUUCACUAAAUCGUGUUAUUCGUCCAUAUCCAUCAUCAUCAAUACCAAAUCUUGAAAUUCUAACAGAAGAAGAUGAAGAUAUUCCAUGUUCAAAUUUAUUAAAUAAUGAUCGAACACAGUCAGUAUCUAUAAAUUUACGUAAACGAAAUUCUUAUCAAAGUGUUCUACCAACAAUAAUUGAAUCGAAUGAUCAUGAAGUAAUAAUUGGUAGUCUAUCAAAUACAAAUGUUGUAAAUGUUACUAUUAGCGAAUCGAUUCUUGAUAGAUCUAAUAAAUAUAUUAUUAAAUCCAUACCGCAAGAUUCAUUUGUAGCAACAAAUACAAAUUAUAAUCAGGUUAUGAAUGUUGAUAUCGAAAGUAAAGAACGAACGUUAAAUACAAAUAUGAAUUAUGACAUGACCGAAUGUACACUUGAUAAACAUCUUAAUGAAUUUUUACAACAAAAACCUCCAAAACUAAAUAAACUUACGUAUUCAUCAACAGAUGUUGACAAAAAUAAUAUUCUCUUACCAACUACAUUUAAAGAUAUCAGUGCUUUUUUUGAGACGAAAGCAUUAGCAGCUACUACAAUUCACACAUUGGAACGAAAGAAAAUAGUACGGGCGAAACGAUCACUAUCAUUAAAUCGAUGUAUGUCUAUAAAUAAAAAUCAUUUACCAAAGUUAGAAAUUAUUACAUCAGUUGAACCGGAGGCAACUAUUUUUCAUCAUCAAAUCAAACGAAUAAAGAACACACACAAAUCUGAGUUCGAAUCUAUUGUUGAACAAGAGUAUACAGUUAGUGAUAGUCUUGCAAAACGAUCAAUUAAUUUCGAUAGUAGUAUCAAGAAAAUUGAACACGAAGAUCGAUCAAAACAAUUACCAAUAUUAAUGAACAACAUGUGUUUAAAUCUUUCAAAACAACGAUUGAUUUUUUUAUUACUUACUAUUACUAUAUUUGUCUAUUUAUAUUUAUCUGACUUAUUAAAUGUGUAUAAAUAUAUUCUUGGAUCGAAUUCAUUUGUUUAUCUUCAAAAUUAUGCAUUUUAUUUUUUUUCUCGGCAAUCUAAAAAGCAAAUUGAUUUAAUAGAUAAAAAUGUUAUUUCUCAAUAUGGACAAUUUGUACAAAAUCGUUUUUUUUCAUUACCUGACUUUCUUGUUACAUUCAUUAGUAAAAUAUUUUUUCAUAUUGAUAAAUAUGAAUAUAAAAAUAGUAUCAUCUAUGUAGUAACUUCAACCUAUGAAAGUACAUACGAUUGGUUUAUAAAUUUGUUUAAAUAA